AUGGGCGCCACCAGCGAAAGGAGAGCCUCCUCAAGCGGCUCCCUCUCCAGCAUGACUGUGCAGCAAAACGACGGACGAGACGUGCCGUAUACGGAUAACACGUAUCCUUCUGAAAAGACGGACGAGGAAAAAGCUGCGCCUGCGAAUGAAGCACCUGUUGCUCCUGAUGGCGGCUUGGUUGCCUGGUCGGUCGUCCUGGGGGCGUGGUGUGUUUCGUUUUGCAGUUUUGGCUGGAUCAACAGUGUGGGCGCUUUUCAAGAGUACUACCAGCACAAUAUGUUGUCUUCAUACUCUGCCAGCACGAUUGCUUGGAUUCCCUCGCUGCAAAUCUUUUUCAUGAACGCCAUGGGCCCCGUCGUAGGCAUGAUCUACGACAAAUACGGUCCCCGAGAGCUUCUCCUCGCCGGAAGCAUCCUCCACGUCUUCGGCCUCAUGAUGUGUUCCCUCGGCACGCAAUACUAUCAAAUCCUCCUUGCCCAAGGCGUCUGCUCAGCCAUUGGCGUCUCCGCCAUCUUCCAGCCGUCAAUAAACGUCAUCCACGGGUGGUUCAACAAGAAACGCGGCGCAGCAUUCGGCAUCCUCGCAACGGGCUCCUCCCUCGGCGGCGUCAUCUUCCCCAUCACGGUAUCCCGCCUCAUCCGCGAAGUCGGCUUCCCCUGGGCCAUGCGAAUCUGCGCAUUCCUCAUCCUCGCGCUCCUCAUCGUCGCCAACCUCACCAUCCGGGCCGCGCACCCCCCGCGUCCGCAGAAGCUCACCAAGGCGCAGCUCGCCAAGCCCUUUUCAGAAUUCGACUUUGUCUUCCUGUGCGCCGGCUUCUUCUGCUUCACGUUUGGCAUCUUCGUCCCCAUCGACUACCUCCCCGUGCAAGCUCUCGACGCAGGCAUGGACCCCAACCUGGUGCAGUACCUGCUUGCGAUUCUCAACGCGGCCAGUCUCUUCGGGCGGUUGUUCUCCGGCAUCAUGGGCGACAGGAUCGGCCGGUACAAUAUCUUUGUGACGGUGUGCGCGUUGACGGGGAUAUGGGUUCUUGCGCUCUGGAUCCCGAGCUCCAGUACGGGAGGGAUCAUUGCGUUUGCCGCGCUGUUUGGUUUCUGUAGCGGUGCGUAUGUCUCGCUUAUUGGGCCGUUGGUCGCGCAGAUUUCGCCCCUGCAGGAGAUUGGUUUCCGCACGGGAAUCAUCUUCUUUAUUGCGUCGAUUGGUGGGUUGACGACGAAUCCUAUCAGCGGUGCGAUUCUGGGCAGUGAUAAGAAUUGGGUGGGCGUCAAGGUGUUUGCGGGUGUGUUUUGCUUUGCGGGCACGAUUCUCGUUCUUAUUGCGAGGAUUCACAGGACGGGGUGGAAGUUGGCUGUUGUUUUUUAA